AUUGUAGCAGCUCAUAACUCACGGCAACUGUGCGUUAUAGUGGCAACUGGACUCUGACUGAGCGGCAUCUGAACUCUCUUCUCACUCAUAAAUCGUGCUCUUGCGUGCGCUUUUUUUUUUUGUCUUUUCCUUCGCCACUUUUUCCCCCCUCCUUCCUUCCUGCACCGCGAUCCAAGUUUUUGUCGGUGUCAGCUCUGUCGCUCUGCUGCAAACAGGUUGCAAGAAGGAAACAAUUCCCUGCGCGUCUUCCGCCGCUCAUUUGAAUUGAUAGAAAGCACGGGCCAAGAUGAUGAUCAUCAUUGCGGAGUUCUUCGUGGUCAUUUUGAAAGUGCUCUGGGCUUUUUUAACUGCCGGGGCUAAAUGGGUCGUGCGCCCCAAGGAGAAGAGCGUGGCGGGACAGGUGUGCGUGAUCACCGGGGCUGGAAGCGGACUCGGGCGGCUGUUCGCCAAGGAGUUCGCCCGGAGACGAGCGAUACUGGUCUUAUGGGACAUAAACAGCCAAAGCAACGAGGAAACGGCGGAGAUGGUUCGGCAGAUUUACCACGAAUUGGACACUCCCAUAACCAAAGACGGACCUGUUGGAGGUGUUGAGGAAGUCCCUCCUUUCCAGCCGCAGGUCUACACCUAUGUCUGCGAUGUGGGCAAACGCGAGAGUGUGUAUUCCACAGCGGAGAAGGUGCGACGAGAGGUGGGAGAGGUGGACAUACUGAUCAACAACGCCGGCGUCGUCUCUGGUCAUCACCUCCUGGAGUGUCCUGAUGAGCUGAUCGAGCGCACCAUGGUGGUCAACUGUCACGCACACUUCUGGACCACCAAGGCGUUUCUCCCCAAGAUGCUGGAGCUGAAUCAUGGUCACAUUGUGACGGUUGCCAGCUCCCUCGGUUUAUUCAGCACAGCUGGAGUGGAGGAUUACUGCGCCAGUAAGUUCGGUGCCAUUGGCUUCCAUGAGUCACUGAGCCAUGAGCUGAAGGCCUCGGAGAAGGAUGGCAUCAACAUGACUCUGGUGUGCCCUUACCUGGUCGACACGGGAAUGUUCAAAGGCUGCAGGAUAAGGAAGGAGAUUGAGCCUUUUUUGCCGCCCCUGAAGCCAGAGUUCUGCGUGAAACAAGCCAUGAGGGCCAUCCUCACCGACCAGCCCAUGAUCUGCACGCCGCGCAUCGUCUACAUGGUUAACUUCAUGAAAAGCAUCCUGCCUUUCGAGGCCAUCGUGUGCAUGUACCGGUUCCUGGGCGCCGACAAGUGCAUGUACCCCUUCUUAGCUCAGAGGAAGGAGGCCAUGAACAACAAUGAAGCGAAGAACGGGAUCUAGGGGGCGCUGUUUGCAACACGAACAGGGGCAUAUGAACCUGAAAGCAUGAGGAAACAACCACUGAGGGUGAAAAUGGGGAAGAUGGAAGGAAGAAAAGACUGAAUCUAGACUGGUGCACUUGCAUUGAGCAGAUGCAAAGGUUUACCAUAUUGUUCCUCUGGAACAAAGAAAGCUGUGUACUACACAAUGGAUUUAUUUGACUUGUUUUGUCUUUUUUUUUUUUUUUUAAGUUUGUUUAAAGAAACCAACAUCUAUAUACUGUGUCACUAGUUUUGAAAUCAUACAGAAAAGGUAUCCAUUAAUUAACUAUUUACGUAAUGUAGUCACCAGCCUUAUCUAGUGUCAUUGUGGAAAUAUACAGUAUGUUACUGUACAAACAGUAAUAAUCUUUUUUUUUUUCUGUUUUUAUUUUAUUUUUGUAGACAUGCACUGUAAUUUCUGAUUGUUCUUUUUUUUUUUUUUUUUGAUGUAAAUUCAGAUUUAUUUUUUUUCUACACUGCCGGCAUUCUCCAUGUAGAAGGUUGAACACAGCAUUUCAAACUACCCAACGUCUCCCCACGCAGAGGCUCUUUUUCGCUCACAAAAUCUGGUUCACAACUUUUGAUUCUAGCUUGUGCCAUUUAAAAUAAAGAGGACGGGAAAAAAAAAAAAAGUUUCACGAUUGAAGUUUCCCCUAAUUCCAGUUUUUUAUUAAAUACUUAAGUUAGAGACAUGUAGCAUAUAUGUUAAUGUGGUCUAAGCAUUCCAAAUGGGACACUUAAUGGCCAGAUUGUGGCUGACUUGAUCUUCACAGGAGUUUUCAGAGUGAUGGAGCUCAGCGGUGUCCCUCCACGGUCCUGUCAUUUCACAUCUGUUUUGACUAAGCCCUCCGAUGAAAAGUGCACGAGGGAGUCUGUGUCCUGGGUUGAAUUAGCAUGUGUGACACAUUCAGAAUGUAUUGCUUAGGGAGAAAUUGAGAGGAAAUGCAUUUUGUUUUUUUGUUUUUUUUUUAAGGUCUGUGGUGUUCAUAUUGUAAAUUUAUCUGUUACCAAUAUUGUUUUAAAGAAAGUAACCCAGCAUAGUUUGUAACUCCAGGCAAACUCAUUGUCCCAACAAAGGAAAUGUAUUCAGCUUUCCAUUAUUUCUCCCCCCCCCCCUAAAGUUAAUAAUUAACUCUUGUCUGGUGUCCACCAUGUCCUGUUAAAGUGAAAUGUAUAUGUUUAAAUGUUGUGAAUACCCCAGUGUCCCAAAAAAAUAACUGCCUCCAACCAUAUUUGAUGUAUGAAUAUUUUAUAUACCUUUUUUGGGAUGACAAGAGUUUUUUGAAUUUCAACUACAUUCCAAUAGGCGUCAUUCCUUCAGUCACAGUGAUGAGCCUAAAUUCUCUACCUCUUAAUUUUUGCCAUUUUUUUUCAGUAUGACAUAAGCCUCUUUUUGUAAUAUUCUGAAGACUGCUCCAUAGCAGAGCAAAUGUGGUUCCAAUGUUUAGUGUCUCUACCUAACUUAAAUUAAUAAAGUGAUCUAGAUUAUUA